CCAAGUUUUAAUAUCUUACGAUUACUUUCGUUUACAAUAGUUUAACUAAUUCUAUUUUUCGCAAUGGAUUAUAAACAUAUUUUAACUGAUAUUUGUGGUUCAUCUAAUUCAAUGCUACACCAGUUUGAAUGUAGUUCAACUGGAAAUGAGUUUGCUGCUUGUAUAAGGGUUAAAACACCAUCUGGUCCGCAUGAAGAGAAUAGUGCUUGGUGUGAUAGGUGGAUUGCGGAGUUCAGCAUCAAAACUUGCACUAAUUGGAUUGUGCGUUACACUUACCCCUCUGCGAAAAGAUAUAUUUAUCGAAAAACAUUUAAAUGUCAACAUAACAGCUUUGACAAGGUUAAAGAUAGGAAGCGAAAAGACUUCAGAACGCGGGAUAAAGAAUGCAAUGCCACCAUUGAUAUUCUCUAUAAGAAAAUCAACAGGAACACGAUCAAAAACGACGAACUAUUGAAAAGCGGAUUUAAUGUUUGUAUCAAUAUUAAGUUUGAGCACUCCCAUCGUGUAAAUGUUGCCGAAGCCUAUAGCUUCUGAGAAUCUGAGGAUUGCUCCAAAAAUUCGUGAAACUUUUUUCAAAUAUUUUGAUGAAGGUAUGUCCAGUGCUAGUGCGCGAAAUUAUCAUGAGCUCUUACUAGAAAAUUCACAAGAAGUGGAAGAUUCCAAACUGGCAAUGGCGUUAGUAUUAGCUAAUGCUCAGUCAAAUCCAACAGAACGACAAAUCAGGCAUCUAUAUGAUAUAUGGAGAUCCACCAAUUUUGGAGGACGUGACGAGCUAAGUGUGUUAAACGUUUUACAAAAGAAGUCUAUCCAAUAUAUGGAAAGUGGAAUGGCUAAAAUAGCAAUUAGAGAAAAUCCACUUAUUGUUGUCAUUUUAACUCCAAUACGAAAGGAUAAAUGGUGUUUGUGUUUUAGAAAAAAUGUGAUGACGAGGGGGAACAACACAAACAACUUCGUAGAAUCUUCAAUACGCAUAUUCAAAGACAUCGUUUUACAACGAUGCAAAGCAUUUAAUAUGUGUGCCUUAGUCGAUUUUAUAGUCAAUGUUUUUGAGUCAUACCAUAAAAGACACAUCUUAUUAUUUGCCAAUAAUCGAUCAACGAAAAAUAAUUUUCUGUACAUGAAAUUUUGUGGCAAAAUUCAAAAUAUGAAUGUGGAAAAAAUUAAUGAAUACAUGUAUUCAGUAAGUAGUAAUGCAGAACAAUCUUUAAUAUACACAGUGGAUAUCGAUUUAGCAAUGUCCGACUGUCCUUAUGGCUCUAGCGGUAAGUUUUGUAAACACCUUUGUGCUGUUCAAGAAAAAUGUGGUAUAGUUUUUAAAAAUGCUCAGUUAUUAACUACAAAUGAUAAAAAAACACUUGUUAAGCUAAGUCUCGGGUAUGACGUUUCUGAAGAUUUCUUUGAAAAUAUGGAUGCUAGCUCUAAGGAAUGUGAUCAAAAAUAAUAACAGCAAUAAAGAAGAAAGGCAUCAUGAGAUAUCUUCAAUAACCAUUACGCAAACGGAAGAUGGCGAAGUUAUUAAAAAGAAACAUUUGUCCGCUAUUGAAGAGCUAAAUUUAAAUUUCAUAAGGCUUACAAAAAUAGCUUCAGAAAAUAGAUCUGUUGAUUUAACAAAUUCAAUUAUAAAAUUGAAUGGGACUAAAUAAAAUAAAAACACCUUCACAACUGGCACCUUUUUUUUGUAACGUUAGAAAAACGCGAUUUUCCGCAAAUAUAGGAGUGCAACCUGGAUCAAUUAGCAGGCAUAAAAAAAAACCAGG